GAGAGAGAGGGGUCAGGGAGGCGGUGGUCGAGCAAAGUUUGCUUUCUCACUCGGUAUCGGCUGAUAAAGUGUGCAGUCCAGUUUGCACCGGGACUCGCGAACGUUAACUUUGCAAACAUGAGACUUUCGACUUUACUGUUGUUUCCAGGGAUUUUUGUCUGUGUACUUUUUCCUCUGACAAACUGUGAAGAGCAGCGAAUCCCAGAAGAGAAACUUCUAGUUGUGACUGUUGCAACCAAAGAGACUGAUGGCUUCAAGCGUUUCUCGGUGUCGGCUAAACAUUUUAACUACACUGUCAAGGUUCUUGGUCGGGGUCAAAAAUGGAGGACAGGCGACUACAUGUCAGGUCCAGGAGGAGGCCAGAAAGUACGACUCCUUAAAGCGGCUCUGGAGGAGAUGAAGAAUGAGGACACAAUCAUCCUUUUUAUCGACAGCUACGAUGUGGUCUUCGCUUCGGGUCCCAAAGAGCUACUCAAGAAGUUUCAGCAGGCCAGGCACAAGGUGGUGUUCUCCUCUGAGAGCCUGAUCUGGCCCGACAGACACCUGGAGGACAAACACCCCCACGUCAUUGAGGGAAAUAGGUUCCUAGGGUCAGGGGGUUUCAUUGGCUCCCUUCCCAACAUCAGAGACAUGGUUGCUGACUGGGCAGGAGAAGACAACGAUAGUGACCAGCUGUUCUUCACCAACAUUUACAUUGAUUCAGUUAAAAGGAAAUCCAUAAAUAUCACAGUGGACAGCAAAUGCAGAUUGUUCCAGAACCUUCAUGGAGCCCUCGACGAUGUGGUUCUGAAGUUUGAGGAUGGACGUGUACGAGCCAGAAAUGUGCUAUAUGACACGCUGCCUGUCGUCAUCCAUGGGAACGGACCCACAAAGCUGCAGAUCAACUAUCUGGGUAACUACAUCCCCAACACGUGGACGUUUGAGACAGGAUGCACAGAGUGUCACGAGGGACUCCUCCCACUCGCAGCUCUUAAGGAGAGUGAAUACCCGCUGGUGCUCGUCGGCAUUUUCGUUCAGCAGCCCACCCCUUUUGUGACAGUGUUCUUUGAACGCCUACUGAAGCUCCAGUACCCCAAGAACAGACUCAAACUCUUCAUUCACAACCAGGAAGCUCAUCAUGAGCGUCAGAUCAGCGGUUUCCUGCAGAACCACGGGAGCCUCUAUCAGGAUGUCAAGUUGAUCGCUCCUAAAGAGGAGAUGGAGCGAGCUGCCUCCCACAACCUGGCCUUGGAUAUAUGCCGGAAGGACGAGGACUGUGACUAUUUCUUCACCUUGGACAUUGAAGUGGUCUUAAAGAACGAGAACACACUUAAAAUUCUCAUCGAACAAAACCUGCCCAUUGUGGCACCGAUGAUAACUCGUGCUGGUCGACUGUGGAGCAACUUCUGGGGAGCCCUCAGUGCAGAGGGCUACUACGCCAGGUCUGAGGACUACGUGGACAUAGUUCAAGGACGCAGAGUGGGUGUGUGGAAUGUCCCAUAUGUGUCCAGUGUGUACCUGGUGAAGGCCAGCCUCCUUCGACUGGAGCUCACAGACUACGAGUUGUUUAACUCGGACAUCUUAGACCCUGACAUGGCUUACUGCCACAACGUUCGCAACAAGGGAAUCUUCAUGUAUGUGACCAACAUGCACACUUUUGGUCGCAUCGUGUCAACAGAAAACUAUCAGACGAGCCAUCUUCAUAAUGAUCUGUGGCAGAUCUUUGAAAACCCAGUGGACUGGCAGGAGCGCUACAUCCAUGAGAACUACACUUACAUCAUGAAAGACAAGCUGAUUGAGACUCCGUGUCCUGACGUGUACUGGUUCCCAAUUUUCUCCGAUGUUGCUUGUGACCACAUUGUUGAAGAAUUGGAACAUUUUGGGAAGUGGUCAGGAGGAGCCAAUACGGAUGGCAGAAUCCAAGGUGGCUAUGAGAAUGUCCCCACAAUAGAUAUCCACCUGAAUCAAAUCAACUUUGAAAAGGAAUGGCACAAAUUCUUACUGGAGUAUAUAGCACCGAUAACAGAGAAAAUGUAUCCUGGUUACUACACCAAGGCUCUGUUUGACUUGGCCUUUGUAGUUAGAUAUAAGCCAGAUGAGCAGCCGUCAUUGAGACCUCACCAUGACGCCUCCACAUUCACUAUAAACAUUGCACUCAAUCAAGGGGGCCUUGAUUAUCAGGGUGGUGGUUGCAGGUUCAUCCGCUAUGACUGCUCCGUCGAGGCUCCUCGUAAAGGCUGGACCCUGUUGCACCCAGGCCGCCUCACCCACUACCAUGAAGGCCUGCCGACCACCGCCGGGGUCCGCUACAUCGCAGUGUCCUUUGUGGAUCCCUGAACUCCCAAAGAUGCGCACACAUCACCGGCCAGUCCAAAGCAAACCGGACACACACUGCUGGCCACAUCCUUCAGCAGCACAGCCGCUCUUUAUUUUCUCAUUUGGAGUGCUGACCUUUGUUCUUCUCAUUAGUCCAUUUGCUUGUUUUAAUUUCCAAAAUUAUGUUUCUUCUGUCUUACUUCAAGAAUUGUAUACAAUGUAUGACUCUGGUCAGCCUAUUAGCAGUAGAAUAUCUGUGCUCCAUGAUGAAAUGUAAAACCACGGGUGCAUAAUGCCAAGACCAUAUCAUGAACAUGUUGUCAGCACAUUAGAGGAGAACCGGCUCAAACGUAACUCAGGCCUUCACAGGUGACAAUAAUACACUUGGGCCAUUGAAAGUGCUUGAAUUUAGUAUUUUGUGCAAGAAUAGAAAUUAAAGUUGAUACGUGUCUCAAACUAUGUCCUAGAAUUUGAGGGAAUAGAUUCCUGAAAAGUCUUGGAAUUAGAUUUUUAAGGAGGUGUAGGAACUCUGCCCCGGGGCCUCCAGGGGUUAACUGUGUGCUUGUUGGGAAUGUGCAACACCUCAUCACAACACCAACUGAAAUGAUCAGCCAGGGAUUAUUACUCCAACUGUAGUUUGAAGACCUUCAUUGUUUCUGUUGAUAUUGUGUUCACAUGUUACACUAUUUCCUAUAAUAUUAUAAAGCAUUUAAUGUCUCCAGAGAGAGAGAUGUGUGUCUAUUAAUAAUGAUAAAUGUCCUCGAGUGAUGUCAGUUGAGUCAGCGUAGGUUGGGGUUGAAGUGUGAAAAGUAAAAGAAUGGAGUUAGAAAGAACAACGUUGGCAUUUACCUUUUGUUUCUGAAGAGCAAGCGUUCAGUCUUCCUGUUGUAAAUGUGUUGCAACACAAGUUGUUCACAUGGAUCUGUGUCUUCUAGGCAACAUUUACAAACUUCACUUCUGGCCUACAUUGUAACAGACAGCCUGGGUUACAAACGAUGUGUGCAGUCCACCAGGAAAUGGCAGGAUCAAAAGAGGUUAUGAUAUUGCAUUAUGGGAAGUGAAGUGUCUGCUGCUUGAGUUUGGAUGAAGGUUGUAUUAGCAAAGCUCCAGUCUUACUGUGUACUAACUGGUUAGUGCUAAUUCAAUUGAAAAGUUUCCAAGAAUAUGCAGCGUUAAAGCACAAUGUUACCUAAUGUGAAGGUCCCGUCUUGAGGAGACACUUGGACUGGGCUUCAUUGUCUAUUUCAGGUGUGUGCUUGUGUUGCAUUUAUGCAUAUUGCUUAAUCAAUGUACUAAAUUGAAUUAGUAAAAAUCAGCAGUAUUCCAGCAGAGAAUUGUUUUACAUUUAAGAUUUUCUUUGGCAAUAGCUUUGGGAGUUUGUUGUCAUCAUCGUUAUCUAUAGAGCCACUCUGGUGCAGCGGCUCCUGCUUGGUCUGCAGUGUGGCGUGGAUCAGUGAGCUGCACUUCUCUCAGGAAAUCACCAGAGUUUCACUUCAAUUUCUUGCAAAUGUUUGUGGAAAAUGUUCAAUUGUACUUCACUAAAUUACACUGACUGCCUUGUAAUGUAUCCAAAGCAAUUCUUUUCUGAUUAUUUCUUGAACUGAGACAUGUCCAAAGCUUGUUAAGCCUCUUAUUUAUUUUGUGUAUAUUUUAUUUGACAAAAGCCACACUCCCUAAAUUGUUUUGCAAUAUAACUGCUUUUUGUGAGGUUUCAUAUUGGAAUCAGCUCACCUCUUCUUGUGCACGCACUGAUGUUGGUCAGCUGAGUUACUUCAGUUGUAACACACUCACACAGUUGUCAUUACGAACCCUCACUGUGCUUUGACUACAACUUGAAUAAAGCUGUGAAGUGAA